AUGGGAUGGUGAUCCUCAUUCGUGUCUUGCAAGUCUCCAGAGCCUCCACAUGAUGCAUAAUCCUUUGGUCUUCUUUCAUCCAGGAAUUGCUGCUGUCACCUCCUCUGGGAAGUCUUCCCUGGCCAUUCUCUGGAUGUCUGGCAAAGUGACCACUGGCAGCGACAUCGGGCAGGCCUGCCGGGCCAUGGAGCAGCUGCGGAUGGAAGCAGGCAUUGAUCGCGUGAAGAUGUCCAAGGCCACCACUGACCUGCUGCAGUUCUGCAUGGAGCAGGCCAAGAGCGACCCCUUCCUCGUGGGCAUCCCGGCUGCCACCAACCCCUUCAAGAAGAAGCCCUGUGCCAUCCUAUGACCCCAUCCUGACCACCCAGGGGGCCUCAAUAAACAUGAAGUGAAUGCUC